AUGCACGACGCUAGAAGUCACUGCUCAUCCAUCACUUUAGCAAACCGCGAACGACGACAAGCUCCAACAGAGAUUGACGAAUACGACUACGACGAAGCGUUCUUCGCCGAGGCUGCUCUCUACGGAGACUACUACGAUGAUCUCGCAGCGUUGGAAGCGAUGCUUGCUGAACCCAAGAUCGAGACGACCACCACCCCUGAGCCAAAAGUCAAUGUGCACUCCGAUGAUAACGAUGAAAUCGAGUUUGUCGAGACUGUCUUCGAAAAGCUCCUUCAAGAAGAAUUUCCUGAAGACGAUGUCGAGAUUCUCGAAGCUGGCUUCCUCCCACUUGGUUUCUCCUUCGCCAUACUGUCUAUUCUUCUUUUAAUGGCUCCUGCUCAGAAUACUGAGCAGACAGUCCCGCAACUCUUCACCGAGCUUCAAAAAUCGAUCCAAAAGCAAGACUAUGAAAGCGUGAUCAAAGUUUCGAACAAAAUCCUUCAUACAAAGGAGGGAUACAAUGAUCAAGACGCCUUGAGAUGCAAGACAAUCGCGCAAAUCGAAUUAGAAAAGUACGCAGAUGCGAUCAAGAGCUUGAAUCAAACUGACAACGAGCUGCAUUUUGAAAAAGCAUAUUGCUUCUAUCGCAUUCAAAAUAACGAAAAAGCGCUGGAAAUCCUGGAAAAAUUUCCAGAUGAUGAAAAGUGCAACGAACUCCGUGCACAGCUCUAUUUCCGACUUGAGCGAUGGGAGGAGGCAUUUGAAAUCUACCAGGAUGCUCUUCGAAAUACAGUCGACAACUUUGAGCCCGAAAGAAUCGCAAAUAUGAUAGCUUGUGCUGCUAUGGUUUCCCAAUAUCGCCCAGGCACUGUCGCAGAAAAGAAGGAGUUGAGUGAUAACUACGAUCCUCGUGUUACUGGCGAUACAUACGAAGCCGCUUUCAAUAAUGCUUGCCGCCUUACUGGUGCUGGAGAUUACGAAAAUGCGCAGGAAGAGCUCGUCCGUGCAGAGCAACUCUGCCGAUCAACUGCCGAAGACUUUGACGAGGAUGUCGGGAGUGAACUGGUUGGUAUCCGAUUCCAGAGUGGCUACAUCAAACAAGUCACUGGGAAAGUGAAAGAAGCAAAAACGGCUUACAAUUUAGUCAUCGAUACUUCAAACGACCCGCUUUACAAUGCUUUAGCUAACCAUAACUUGGGAACGCUGAACAAGGCUGACAAUAUCCUCGACUCUCGAAAGAAGUUUAAAUCUAUCCAAGCAACGAAUAUUGAUGCUAAGCUAGUUGGCCCGCAAAGAACCGCUGCAACGAAGAAUCGAGCGCUUCUUGCUUUAUACAGUGGCAAACCAGCUGAAUGUCGAAAAAUUCUAGGCAAAAUUGCUACUGACGACGAUGUGAUCAACGCUUCGAUUCUUUUUCAAGAGAAAGAGUACAUUCAAGCUUCUGCAGAACUGCUUAAAUGGGGCCAGCAAAAUGCACAGGCAGAGCUUGCGGCGAUCAAAGCGGCUUCCAUGUUUAUUGAAGCUCAGUACAAAAUCGAUUCUGGUGAUACUGAAGCUGCCGCUCUCAUGCUAGAAGAAAUUCAUAAAGCAGAGCCAAACAACCUCGCUGUCGUUGCCGAAUUAAUAAAUGCCUACUCCAAAAUCGAUCCUAAGAAAGCUGCUGUAGUUUCAUCACGGCUCCCGUCUCUCGAAGAGCUCACUGCAGAUCUAGAUCUCGAGGACAUCGAAACAUGGGCGAAGCAGACUUCUUACAAAAAGGUCGUGAAGAAAGUAGAUGAGACAAAACAAGAAGCUAAAAUUGCCGACGAAGCGGCUCCUCGAAAAACCAAGUCGAAAAAGAAAAAGAAGCCUCGAUAUCCGAAGAACUUUGAUCCAGAAGCGCCCAACAAUGCCGCCGUCGACCCAUACCGGUGGAUGCCCUUGCGAGAACGACCUUAUUACAAAGGCCCGUGA